CUAUCUACAAGAGUAUCAGCGGCAUAUGCGUUUGGCGCUGCCCUGACAAUGUCAGCUGAACUCGCCUGACACCAGCAGCGGCUCUGAUGAUGGCUUGGCUUCAACCGGAGCCUAUGGAGCCGAUACCCGAGGAGGGUACCGAAGACGGGACCGAAUGGACGUUGUCGCCGACGAGCAGCGCUCGUCGCACGACACGGAAGCGAGAGAUCUUCACGUCAGAGCAGGUCGACACGCUCGUCAGUACUGUUCCAAAGGACACCGUGCCAGCCGAUUGGGUCAUCGAGAACGAGGUCGUCGAUCCACAGAUGGCUACAUCCUACGUGACGGAGUCAUUGGUCGGUCCUGCCAGUGCGCGUGGUUCAUCGUAUACCUACACCUACGAGUCUCACUACGAUAAUCCUCCCGAAGAAGAUGAGGAGGAUCGGUAUGCCGCAGUCGAAGGCAGUACCACUCAUCAAACUCACAAGAUCACAAGGGUGACUAAAGUCACGACUACGAGAUCUGUCAAACAAAUCCCUGUGGGAAGUCCCUACUCAGAUAUAUACUUCGACGCCUCCGGCCUUCCUACGCCAUCACCUGUUGUUGAGCUUGAGAGUUCUUCAGAUGAGUUCGGAUUGAGAUUACAUAGAGAAAACGAAGAAGGUCGGUCAGCUCCUCCACCAGCCCCUCCCUUGGGGAGCCGUUACGUUAAUGCCUCUGAUGAUACCGAUGUACCUUUGGCUCCGAGUGCGCCUGAUGUGAUCGGAACAGCUGUGGGCGAAGUAACCUUGGCAUGGGGCGCUCCACUACAAAAACCUGGUGACCGUCCCAUUCUUGGAUAUCAGAUUGAGUUACGCGAAUACCCUGAUGGUGACUGGGAACGAGCUCAUGACCAACUUUUACGGGAUACUACAUGUACAAUUACUAAUCUGGAGGGCUGCGUUGGAGAAGUGCAAUUCCGGGUAUCCGCCGCAGGCCCUGGAGGCUUCGGGCCACCGUCGAUGUCAUCGGUCCCUGUCUCAGUCCCUAUGGAAAUGUCGGAAAGAGGCACUACCGGUCUUCCCCUAUCCCCAGGACGGCCGACAGUCGUUUCUGUCGACGGUCAUCGUGCAACAAUAGAGUGGUCCCCUCCUACAAUCGAUCCGAAGACAGCUCCGUUAGCUGGUUACCAAGUAGAGUAUCGUGUGUACGGUACUGUUGAUUGGAUGGUCGCGAACGAUACAUUGGUUCGCGAAUGCAGUUACACAGUUGAGAACCUUCGGCCGAAUGGAGUGUACGAAUUUCGGGUCCGUGCACGGAAUGCCGAUGGUCUGGGAGCACCUAGCCGUUCAUCAGGGGCCACUCACAUAAAACCCGCGGCACCUCAGCGUGGAGCUGGUUCACGUCCCAUUGCCGCUAGUCUGCGGCCACCGGGCCAGCCUCAGUUGGUCGAAGCUGACAUGGAAUGGGUUAAGCUGGAGUGGGCACAAUCUGAGGAAGGCGCUGGCUAUAUAGUAGAAUUUCGAGAAGUUGGAGAUCCGAACUGGUACACUGCGAAUCAGCACCCUAUCGUCCAAAAUUGUAUUCAUGUGGAGGGACUUCGACCAGGGUCUACAUAUGAAUUUCGUGUCAUAUGUGUCGCUGGUGAUUCAGCUUCUAUACCCUCUGAAGUUUCUGAUGUUAUCUCUUUGCGUCCACUGUGGAAGCCUACCUCAAUGCGCGGUGUUCCCGCAAAGCCUCAAGCACCUGAGUAUUUAGAAGUUGAUGGUGAACGGAUAACAAUUUGCUGGUUACCUGCUCACAGUACUCUGCCUGUUUUGGGUUAUGACGUUGAAUUUCGUGAUUUUCAACAAGAUGCCGGUUGGUACAAAGUAAAUGAUCAGCCCGUGCACGCCUGCAAAAUGACGGUUGGCGAUCUAAUCGUGGGACAUGAGUAUCAGUUUCGAGUGCUGGCUCACAACGUUGUUGGUUGCUCAGAGGCAUCCGAACCAUCUCCGCCGGUUACCAUACAUGCAAGUGCAACUGGUGAUGCGAAGUACGUUGAAGCUGAAAGAUUUGGAGCGAUAAGGUUGCUGCAAGAGGAGAUGAUUCGAGAAUCUCCACCUCUUCCUGAGAGAGAUGAUUCGCCUCCACCUCUGCAUCGUGGGAAAGUGCAAUGGCGUGACCCAUCAUUGAAAGAAGUAAUCGACUACCUCGAUAAUCCUGAUAGAGAAAAACAGCUGAACGCCAGCGGGUAUUUGCAGCAUUUGACGUACAGUGAUAAUCUGAUCAAGGAUGAAACGAGAGAGUAUGGUGGAAUCCCCAAGUUGAUACAGUUGCUACGGAGUGAACUACCAGUGAUACAGAAGAACGCUUGUGCAUGUCUGAAGAAUCUAUGUUAUGGGAAGGAAAAUGAUAGGAAUAAGCUAGCUGUCUUGGAUGGUGAUGGUAUCAGAAUGUUAUCAUCCUUACUGCAAACUACCCACGAUCCGGGAGUUAAAGAGGAGGCCACCGCCGCUUUAUGGAACCUGUCCAGCGCCGAUAUGCUCAAACCGGUUAUACUAGAAGCGGCAACCGAAGCAUUGGUUCAGCAGGCUUGUCCACCAUCAAAUGGAUAUCAGCAUAAUGGCAUCGCAAACGACAGCGACCCGUCUCGCCAUUAUAACUCGGCAACCUUCAAAAACGCUACGGGCGUAUUGAGGAAUAUCAGCGCAGCAAAUGCCAGUGCACGGAAGCGACUCCGUGGAUGUCCAGGUCUCAUCGAGAGCUUGGUGCAGUUUCUGACAAUUGCCAUCCAGCGAAAUCAAGUGGACUCGCAAUCGGUGGAAAACGUCGUCUGUUUGCUCCGGAAUCUGAGCUACAGAAUACAAGAAGUAGAAGAUCCAAACUACGAUCCUGCUACCGCACAUGUGCUAGCCACUAGAGGAGGUAAUAAGUCGGCACCCAAUAGCCCCAAGCCCAAGAAGGAGAAAGAGAAGAAGAAGAUAGACGUUGCACGAGAAGCUGUCACGGGUCCGGCAGUGCUAUGGCAACCGUAUGUGGUGAAGUUAUACCUGAAACUUCUCCAAGAGGCUUCUAACUUGGAUACGUUAGAGGCAUCUGCUGGAGCCAUCCAGAAUCUAGCAGCAUGUCAGUUCACUCCAAGCGCUGACGUUCGAGCAGCUGUUCGAGUCGAGAAAGGACUUCCUGUGCUUGUAGAGUUGAUUCGGCUGAAGGAAGACUAUGUUGUAUGCGCUGUUGCAACAGCGUUGCGAAAUCUGUCCUUGGAUCCGAGGAAUCGGGAACUUAUUGGUAAAUAUGCUCUGCGAGAUCUGAUUGAUAAGCUUCCCGAUGCCGGUGCUCGACGGGCGUCUGUAAGUGAUCAGACUAUAGGCGCUGUGCUUGGAAUCCUUUUCGAGGUUGUCAGAAGUAGCGCAACAUUUACGAAGGAUGUUCAUGAAGCGAGGGGCACUGAAAAGCUGCGAGCUCUGGCACGAAGUUAUCCUACCUUUUCACAUCGAGUGUGCAAAUACGCGAGUCAGGUCCUGUACAUGAUGUGGCAACAUAAGGAACUUCAUGAUGGAUUCAAACGGAGUGGCUUGAAGGAAGCGGACUUCUACUCAGGAACAGCAAGGGGCGAUUCAGCCACUUUAGCCCGACCGAUAUCGAGCCAAGGUCGGGAACGACCUGCACAAGCCUUGUUGGACGACACAAUGAGUAGCGGAGGAUAUGGAGCUGUUGCGGAAACACAGCGACGACCGCAACCACCGCAGUACCAGGCAGCUAGUCCUGCUCAGAACGGACAACCGCGGUACGAUCGUCCACAAGGCGAGCCACUUUACGCCUCUGUCCGGAAGGGAAACCAGACCAGAGGCGUGGACGACAGUUGGGUAUGAAAGCCAUGACGUGCUCAUGAUCUAACCUUCCCAAAGUUCAAAUUCGGCUUUGAGCCUGUGAUAGUUACGUGAUUUACCAGUGUAGAUUUUCUAUGUCCAGUGCACUGCCAUUGAAUUAGGUACCAUCGGUACCUAACUCCAUAAUUGUUGUCUUAUCAUCCCAACCACUUCCCAUGUCAAAAUCUCAUGUCUUACUUAUUAUUCUCACCGGUAUAUUGAAGCGAAUUUUGUAGUCAUUGCUGUUCUGUAUAUAAUGUGAGACUGAGGUGCAUCUAACACUUACUGCUAUAUGUUAGCUGAUGAUUUAGCAACCUUAUAAGAGUAUGUGCUCUCGUUCACUUCAUGUCCUCAUCUGUGCAAGUGUGUCCAUUAUGAACACGUACAAUACCUUUCAGUGUGGCAGCUGCAGCGGGUAUGCUGCCGCUAGUAAUAGCUCAUCCUUUUCCUGCAAUUUCUUUGUUACCAGUUUAUUUCAUUGUUUAUUCGCUUUGAGGACAA